AUGACUAACCUUUGUUUGGCGGUGCAGGAGGAGAAAUUGAAGCGGUCGCUCUCAGACAUCGAGUCCUGGAGGCUCGCCCGUGUGCGGCCUAAUCGCAAGGAUGACGAGAGUGAGUACUAUGGCAAGGCCGGGGAGAACCUGGAGUCCUACAAGAAGGAGUUUAAGAAGUGGAAUCCUGACAAAGGAGACCCCAUGUCUGCGGAUUCCGACAAGAGGGCGGUGGUGAUCAUAGGGCCGAGGAGUCUUGGUCGGUCGGCGGUUCUGGAUUCGGUGAUCACCCCUUCUAUCUCCUACAGAUGGAUCCGAGCUACCAACCCGAGGCCGAGCCCGCGCCCGCACCCGAGCAUGUCCACUGCACAGGCCAUCCUAGCCCAGCGCAACUCUGCCUACAUGGAGUUCCAACGUCAGCAGCUCUACGACUGGAACCAGAGAGUUGCAGCAGUCAUGGAGCACAACAGUCGCAUGACGCAGCUUAUGUUUGCAUCUAUGGCAACCGGGCAGAUUCCUACAAUGGAACCACCACCACCACCUCCUGGACCACAACCAGUGGUGCCUACGUUUGAACAAUUUCUGGCAGACCACUACAAUGUCACUCCGGGAACCGAUGGUGGUGCUACUGAUGGUUCCACUCCUGAGUCACGGAGCCCAGUCACUCCGGUCUGGCUUGGCGGCGGCGGUGGCUGUGGCGCUAGCGCUAGCAGUAGUGGUGACGAUCUCGGCUUUGGCGGCCUCGGUUUUGGCAGUGGAAGUGAUGCCGCUUAA